CGUUGACAAUUUUGGACUUGGUCUUCUGCUUCAGACUAAGCAGAUAAAACGCAUGGUAUCGUCAUAUGUUGGAGAGAAUGCUGAAUUUGAACGCCAGUAUUUAUCUGGUGAGCUUGAAGUUGAACUUACACCUCAGGGUACACUUGCUGAACGUAUUAGAGCAGGAGGAGCAGGAAUCCCAGCGUUUUACACUAGUACAGGUUAUGGGACACUGGUGCAGGAAGGGGGGGCACCUAUCAAAUACAAUUCAGAUGGCACCAUUGCUAUUGCUAGCCAACCAAGAGAGGUGCGAGAGUUUGAUGGUCGUCACUUUAUUCUGGAAAAGUCCAUUACAGGAGAUUUUGCUCUCGUGAAGGCAUGGAAGGCUGAUCGUGCAGGAAACAUCAUUUUCAGGAAAACUGCUAGAAACUUCAAUCAACCAAUGUGCAAAGCUGCCAAGACAACUGUGGUGGAGGUGGAAGAAAUUGUUGAUAUUGGAGCAUUUGCGCCAGAAGAUAUUCAUGUUCCCAAAAUCUAUGUUGAUCGCCUGAUACAGGGAGAGAAGUUUGAAAAGAGAAUUGAACGCUUAUCAAUCCGAAAGCCUGAAGACUCAAAAGCCAAACAAAAGGCAGGAGACAAUGUGAGGGAGAGGAUCAUCAGACGGGCUGCUUUAGAGUUUGAGGACGGCAUGUAUGCUAAUCUGGGUAUUGGAAUCCCUCUGUUGGCCAGUAACUUCAUCAGUCCAGACAUAACUGUUCACCUACAGAGUGAAAAUGGAGUCCUAGGUUUGGGUCCCUAUCCACUUGAAAGUGAAGUUGAUCCAGAUCUGAUUAAUGCAGGAAAGGAGACAGUCACUGUUCUUCCUGGUUCUUCUUAUUUCUCUAGUGAUGAAUCAUUUGCGAUGAUAAGAGGAGGCCAUGUUGAUUUGACAAUGCUUGGAGCUAUGCAGGUGUCAAAGUAUGGUGACCUGGCCAACUGGAUGAUUCCUAGCACACAGCUAUCAGCAAUGGACAAAGGAUUGUGGUCUACAUUUCUAUUCAUUUAGAGUGGAUUUAUGCAU